AUGAACCGGACUGACAGUGCGCGCCUCGUGGCCAAGAGAAAAGCGAGAAAUGACGACCUUUGGCGACAAAGAGAGUUCUUUGCAAAAUCCCGAAUGCAUCGUGGCAUAGACGGCGCACGGAACGGCAGCCGGAGUCUGAGUUCAACAGCACAGCUCGCAGAUGGCCGUGGGGGUGUCUCCCCUCCGCUACCUGAGAAUCAAAUCCCUACGGUUAGCCCAGCCAAGAACAGGGAACACAAUAGCGCAGCUUUGGCAACAUCAGCCAGCGAGGCUUGCCGUGUCAUCUCGCCGAGGCCGCGGCAAGGAUCAUCUUCAUCGCUGAUUCAGCAUGCAACAAGUUGUGGGGUUGAUUCUUCCGACCUCCAAGCCAAGAAGCGACGUCUCUUGAACCAGGUGGACUGGACCGGGAUAUCUCUGCAGGAGCCAUUGACCAUUGACUAUCCGAAACCAGCCAAGAAGCUUCGGCAAAGCUACAGAUCUCGUGAGCUGCGCAAAUUCCCAAAUCUCAGCACGAGCAAAAGUUACAAGAGCUCGCAAGAUGACCAGCCACCUCCGGCGUCUUCCAGGACCCUUCGAGAACCCGAUCUGAGCAGUGUUCUGUCGUGGCAACGAUCCGGAAGCAACCGCGAGCUCCGGUCCGUGGCGGAUCCAACAUGUACGAUUCAAUCCUCAAGUCUAAGCAAUCGCUCCAGCUGCUCCCAGAGCUUGCGACACAUGUUUUCAUCAGAUCAGUCAUGCAGUACGAGAAGUUCCCUACCCCGUGUUGGCGGAUCUCCCAGGCGGAUUCACCACCCUCAACCGCUGCGAAGUGUACCAUGGACGUUGUUUCAACUCAAGUCGCCGAGCCCUGGGAUGCAAUCUAGUAUGGUAGCACAAUACGGCAGCGAGGCCACUGGCGACAGGAGCAGUCAGGCUACGGAUACCGUCGGUGACAAGGAUCAGUCCACUGGCCACACGGUUAUCUCACAUGUGACCUAUCGCAAAGCCAGCCCGCAAAAAUGGAAAAAGAGCCGGUAUUGGUGCGAGGCUGGACCACGAGGUAGGGGUUUGUCGCCCAUGUGCCAACAGCCGCAAGUGAAAGCCUCCAAACGGGAAAGUUCCCGGGACAGAGUAAACCAAGCUUCGCCUAGUCACACCGGUGCAGGAGCUGGGCGACCUCGAACGGGGAGGAACAGCCCUUGUUACGAGGAAACCGUUGCCACUCAUGGCUCGAUGGAGACAAUGUCACAAGGACCCCCGGUUACUGAGAUAGCAGAUGAGGAUGUCCCCUCAUCGUCCUCGCAACCACUAGCUGAGAGUAUUGAUCCGCAAGAUUUGCUGGAUCUCUUGCACGAAUUUGACGAGGAGACGCGAAAACGCAAGCGAGAAAAGGAAGCCCGUGGUGCCGGACAUUCACAUAAAGACCCUGGCGAGAUGAUACCCCCACAAUGCGAAGGCGCCCUGCCAGACCAUGAGAAGGCGGCUCGGAACAGAACGCAGCAGUGCUUUACGCGUAGGAAAGGAUCACCAGGCGGCGGCGCAGCCCAGCCUCCAGUGUCGACUCGGAACUUUGGCCAUUUUGACACGGCAGCUCCAACCAGCGGCUCAAACAGCGGGCAGCGGACCAGCAAGCAGCUUCCCCGUGCAGGCGAAGAUGCGCCGCCGGCAGAGAAUCACCCCGUCGCCGGGUUGGAUAAGGCGCCGCCCGAUUCGACAGUCUCGUCUAUCAGACGCGACCAUCGGUACCGCCACCCGAAGCUCUUUAUUGGCCGGCUCUCGUCGUCACAAACAGGCGCGCAGCCGGAAAAGCCAAAGGUGCGCAGGCGGAGGAAAAGUGACCGUCCAGACAUCCGGGGAUUGCCAAGCUAUGACGAGGAUCCAAUCGACGAGGAGGGCUGA